GGUGAGGAGAGGAACAACUUGAACGGGUCUUUAGAAGAGCGUUUCAGAGUGUUGGAGCUUCAGUACGCUGAAGCCGACAGCCUGCUGCACACCCACGGUGCCAUCCUGUUUGAUCUGCAGACUCAGGUCCGGAACCUGACCAUGACGGUCGAACGCGUCAAACGCAACCCCGGCUGCAUGAUCAACAUCGUCAGGACCAGCCCUCUGCUCAGCGCCCAGCAGGCCCUUCACCCAGGUACACGCAGGCGCACGCACACCAUUAUAAUGAGUGUCUAAUGCAUAACAACCGUUUAGAGAACCAUGUCCUAGCUUUGUCCACAUUUAGGACUUGAACGUCAGCAGCGUGAACAGGUGGAAUAACACACACACACACACAGCUGCACACACACUCAAUGAUACAACAGGGAUGCGUCCCACUAGGCACAGACGUCAAUUCAAUGUCUAUUCCACGUUGUUUCAACGUAAUUUCAUUGAAAUGACGUGGAAACAAUGUUUGAUUCAACAAGUGUGUGCCCAGUGGGAUCUCUCUUUCUGACUGCUAAUUAUUGAUGCUAGACAGACAGGUGUGUGUAGCAGCGGAGGCUGCUGAGGGGCGGACGGCUCAUAAUAAUGUCAGGAACGGCGCUAAUGGAAUGGCAUCAAACCAUGUGUUCGAUGUAUUUGAUACCAUUCCACCUUAAUCCGCUCCAGCCAUUACCACGAGCCCGUCCUCUCCAAUUAAAGGUGCCACUGUAACCGGUGUGAAAUGGCUAGCUAGUUAGCGGUUGCGCGCUAGUAGCGUUUCAAUCGGUGACGUCACUCGCUCUGAGACCUUGAAGUAGUUGAUUCCCCGCGGCUUUUGCGGAGCGACGGGUAACGGCGCUUCGAGGGUGACUGUUGUCGACGUGUGCAGAGGGUCCCUGGUUCGAGCCCACCCAGGUAGGGACGAGGAGAGGGACGAAAGCAACACUGUUACAUCACCAACCUCCUGUGGUUUCUACGGGGUCUAGCCCUAACAUCUGUGUUAACACUGAACUGGGGUUCAUAAGAACUUGUUGUUGUUGUUGUUGUUGUUGAGUCAACAGACAUGCAGUUGCUAUGUUACGGAUAGUCUGUUGACAGUUUGUUUAGAGCUUUUACAGGUGGACUGUCCAAAUAAAGUGUUACCAAAUAAUUUGUUGGCUUUAUCCCUCGAUCUUGCUGACAUGGGUGGAAUCAUGUGAUCCUUCCUUAACCCAUAGGAAGUCCCAGCCAGUUGACUACUUCAAAAUGGUGAAAGUUCUCAAUGACGCUGCCCAUGCUAAAACUGGCUUUUUCCGCAAGUGCGCCUUCUAUUCAACUCUAUGAUAACAAGUUAUCAUCGUUCAGAAAUUUUGAUGUAGUACAUUUACGUCAUUUAGCAGACGCUCUUAUCCAGACCGACUUACAGCAGUGAGUGCAUGCAUUUUUCAUACUUUUUCGAACUGGUCCCCCCGUGGGAAUCGAACCCACAACUCUGGCAAUGCAAGUGCCAUGCUUAGAACUUCACUUACUUUGCUUUGACCCUGUUGAGUGAUGCCAUUCUCUCUGACCCCUCCACUCUCUCCCUGAGCCCAUGCCCCAGACAGACAGAACAGCAGAGUAACAGCAUGUCCCCUCAUUAUGAAAUGAUACUACAUCAGUAAUGAGGGAGUAGCGUAUAUAGGGCUCAGUCCCUGUCUUUACAGACAUCUACUGUAGUAGUCUAUAUGGCUCAGUCCCUGUCUUUAUACAGACAUCUACUGUAGUAGUCUAUAGGGCUCAGUCCCUUUCUUUAUACAGACAUCUACUGUAGUAGUCUAUAGGGCUCAGUCCCUGUCUUUAUACAGACAUGUACUGUAGUUAAUCAUUACAUACUGCAUCAAACACUUAUUAUCUGAAAUGGAGAGUGUGGAAAAAAGGACUUGUCGAUAACGGGGACAACAUUUGAACAAAUCACACAAACUUCAAUCUUUGUUAAAACCAGUCGCAUCUGGUUUAAUCUUUAACCUGUUAAAACCAGUCAAACCUGGUUUAAUCUUUAACCUGUUAAAACCAGUCACACUUGGUUUUUAUUUGAAGGUCUUCUUUCCUACCUAUUCUACCUCAAUGCUGCCGCUGGAAACAAAUCGUUGCAAUAGUGUUUUAUGUUCUAAAUUCAAAAUGUAUUUAUUAUCUCACUUGUGUCUGUCUGUCUGUCUGUCUGUCUGUCUGUCUGUCUGUGUGUGUGUGUGUGUGUGUGUGUGUGUGUGUGUGUGAUGCACGUGUGUGUGUGUGUUUUCCAGAGGUGCAGCAUGUGAAGAACUGUCCAAUAGACUGUGCAUCACUGUACUAUAACGGGGUGUAUCGGUCAGGUGUCUACACGGUGGUUCCCUCUCUGGGCUCCCAGCCUGUAGAGGUCUACUGUGACAUGGACACAGAGGGUAAGACUCACACACACACACACAAACACACACACAGACGCACGCACACACACACACACAUAUACACACACACAGACACACACACACAGACGCACGCACACACACACACACAGACUCUCACACACACACACACACAGACACAGACGCACGCACACACACACACACACAGACUCACACACACACACACACACACAGACACAGACGCACGCACACACACACACACACACACACACACAUACACACAGACACAGACGCACGCACACACACACACACACAGACACAGACACAGACGCACGCACACAGACACAGACACAGACACACACACACACACACACACACACACAGACACACAGACGCACACACACACACAGACUCACACACACACACAUUUGAUAAUAGGGUUGCAAAGUUCCGUGAACUUUCCCCAAAAUUCCCUGGUUUUCCAGAAAUCCUGGUUGGAAGACUCCUGGAAUUAUGUGGGAAUAAGCAGGAAAUCCUCCAACCAGGAUUUCUGGAAAACCAGGUGUUAUGUUGAGUGUCUGGUAUUGAGAAGUUCAGGAUAGUAAGAUCAGUCGACACUCAGCUGGAAGGUUGAUUUACAUUUAUUUCAGUACUGGAUUCUAUGACAAGGUGCACGUGUUUCGCCUCGUCAUAUGAAUGACUUCCAUACAAAAUCUCUCAGUUUACAUAACGCCCUUCCAAUCUACUUUUAUCUUACACAGUUGCUAAACCAUUAUUGAUUGUCACUCAUCCACCACCAUAUCAUCUACCUCCUUGGUGUCGUGUGGCACCCUAGCCAGGCCAUUCCAUCACGCACACCAUCCUAAGACUAGCACCAGUGGCCCCCCCCAAUCUAUCUUGGCACACUGACCUUCUGUUACUCACUCGUGACACCAAUUAAAAACAUGGUGUGUCCUUGUUCUCUGUCCCUCCUACAGCUUAGGAGUUUACACACAUUAAUGAAUCCUUUAUCAAAACUCGUUAUAACACCAGGGAAUUUUAGGAAAAGUUCACGGAAUUAUGUAACCCUAUUAUCAAAUGUGUAAUGCAUUCUUAGUACAACAUCAGUGACCUUAUCAAGGGCUUGACCUCUUGGUGUAAAUGGCUAAUGUUGGCCUGACAGACAAGGUGUGUGUCGCCUCUCUGUGUCAGGUGGUGGUUGGACGGUGUUCCAGCGGCGUCAGGAUGGGAAGGUGAACUUCAAUAGAGGCUGGCAGGACUAUAAAGAGGGAUUCGGAGAGCUUAGGUACGUCAUAAUAAUUGAUUCAUUGCCAAGUUAAUUUGGUUAAUUAUCAAGUUAAUUCACAGUUGAGUUAGUUUGGUAAUUGACCGUUACUGACUGGCCAGCCAGCCAGAGAUGAAUUCUACUCACCAGGGUUCUGAAUCAGUGUCUGAUUAGAGGGUUUGAUUCGCGGGACCACCCAUACGCACAAAAUGUAUGCAAGCAUGACUGUAAGUCACUUUGGAUAAAAGUGUCUGCUAAAUGGUAUAUGUUGUUUGUCAAGUGUUUUGCAACGUUGUGGGAAAUGUAGUUUGAAAGAAGUUUGAUGUGGUUUGGUUGUGAAGUCUGAGUAUGAGACUGACUUCCGUGUAGUUCUAGGACUCGGACUCCCCUUUAAAAGAACUCCGACUCCCCUUUAAUAGAACUCCGACUUCCCUUUAAUAGAACUCAGACUCCCCUUUAAUAGAACUCCGACUCCCCUUUAAUAGAACUCCGACUCCCCUUUAAUAGAACUCCGACUCCCCUUUAAUAGAACUCCGACUCCCCUUUAAUAGAACUCCGACUCCCCUUUAAUAGAACUCCGACGCCCCUUUAAUAGAACUCCGACUCCCCUUUAAUAGAACUCCGACUCCCCUUUAAUAGAACUCCGACUCCCCUUUAAUAGAACUCCGACUUCCCUUUAAUAGAACUCCGACUCCCCUUUUAAUAGAACUCCGACUCCCCUUUAAUAGAACUCCGACUCCCCUUUAAUAGAACUCUGACUCCCCUUUAAUAGAACUCCGACUCCCCUUUAAUAGAACUCCGACUCCCCUUUAAUAGAACUCCGACUCCCCUUUAAUAGAACUCUGACUCCCCUGUAGGUCUGAGUACUGGCUGGGGAAUGAACACAUCCACCACCUGUCCACCCAGGGAGACUACAGCCUCAGGAUAGACCUGGAGGACUGGACACAUCACCACAAACACGCUUUCUACCAGAGCUUCAGGUAUAGUACAACACACAACACACACACGUUAGCCUACCUGCCUGCAUGUGUGAGCAUGUUAACCCUCUCCUGUGUGUGUGUGUAGUAUUGAGGAUGAGGGGAACCACUACCGGCUGCAUGUGUCGGGCUACAGUGGGACAGUAGAGGACUCGUUCAGCUGGUACCAUGAUAAACAGGACUUCAGUACUCCAGACACAGGGGAUAUCUGUGCUGAGAUCUCACACGCUGGCUGGUGGUACCACCAGUGUUUCUAUGCCAACCUCAAUGGAGUCUACUACAAGGUAGCGUAUACACACACACACACAUCAUUGACACACACACACACACACAUCAUUGACACACACACACACACACACACAGUGCAUUUGGAAAGUAUUCAGACCCCUUGACUUUUUCACAUUUUGUUACGUUACAGCCUUAUUCUGAAGUGGAUAUACAUAGUUUUCCCCCCCUCAUCAAUCUCCACACAACACCCCAUAAUGACAAAGCAAAAACAGUUUAUUUGGUAUUUUUUGCAAAUUUAUUAAAAAUUAAAAACGAAAAAAAAUCAAAUUUACACAAGUAUUCAGACCCUUUACUCAGUACUUUGUUGAAGCACCUUUGGCAGCGAUUACAGCCUGGAGUCUUCUUGGGUAUGAUGCUACAAACGUGGCACACCUGUAUUUGGGGGGGUUUCUCCCAUUCUUCUCUGCAGAUCCUCUCAAGCUCUGUCAGGUUGGAUGGGGAGCGUCGCUGCACAGCUAUUUUCAGGUCUCUCCAGAGAUGUUUGAUUGGGUUCAAGUCCGGGCUCUGGCUGGGCCACUCAAGGACAUUCAGAGACUUGUCCCGAAGCCACUCCUGCAUUGUCUUGGCUGUGUGCUUAGGGUCGUUGUCCUGUUGGAAGGUGAACCUUCACCCCAGUCUGAGGUCCUGAGCACUCUGGAGCAGGUUUUCAUCAAGGAUCUCUCUGUACUUUGCUCCAUUCAUCUUUCCAUUGAUCCUGACUAAUCUCUCAGUCCCUGCCGCUGAAAAACAUCCCCACAGCAUGAUGCUGCCACCAUCAUGUUUCACCGUAGGGAUGGUGCCAGGUUUCCUCCAGACGUGACACUUGGCAUUCAGACCAAAUAAUUCAAUCUUGGUUUCAUCAGACCAGAGAAUCUUGGUUUCUCAUGGUCUGAGAGUCCUUUAGGUGUCUUUUGGCAAACUCCAAGUGGGCUGUCAUGUGCCUUUUACUGAGAAGUGGCUUCCAUCUGGCCACUGUACCAUAAAGGCCUGAUUGGCGGAGUGCUGCAGAGAUGGUUGUCCUUCUGGAAGGUUCUCCCAUCUCCACAGAGGAACUCUAGAGCUCUGUCAGAGUGACCAUCGGGUUCUUGGUCACCUCCAUGACCAAGGCCCUUCUCCCCCGAUUGCUCAGUUUGGCCGGGGGGCCAGCUCUAGGAAGAGUCUUGGUGGUCCAAACUUCUUUCAUUUAACAAAGAUGGAGGCCACUGUGUUCUUGGGGACCUUCAAUACUGCAUAAAUGUUUUGGUACCCUUCCCCAGAUAUGUGCCUCGACACAAUCCUGUCUCGGAGCUCUACGGAAAAUUCCUUCAACCUCAUGGCUUGGUUUUUGCUCUGACAUGCACUGUCAACUGUGGGACCUUAUAUAGACAGGUGUGUGCCUUUCCAAAUCAUGUCCAAUCAAUUGAAUUUACCACAGGUGGACUCCAAUCAAGUUGUAGAAACAUCUCAAGGAUGAUCAAUGGAAACAGGAUGCACCUGAGCUCAAUUUCGAGUGUCAUAGCAAAUACUUAUGUAAAACUUAUGUAAAAUACUCUGUAAAUGUGAUAUUUAAGAUUAUUUUUUUUUAUAAAUUUGCUAUAAUUUCUAAAAACCUGUUUUCUUUGUCAUUAUGGGGUAUUGUGUUUAGAUUGAUGAGGGGGAAAAAACGAUUUAAUCAAUUUUAGAAUAAGGCUGUAUUGUAACAAAAUUACAGUCAAGGGGUCUGAAUACUUUCUGAAUGCACACACACUUACACUUCCAAAUUGCAGCCAAAGCAAUAGUAAGGUUAUUUGCAUCAGACGUGGUUGUCUGUGUGUUUCUGUGUGUGUGUGUGUGUUUCCUGUGUGUGUGUGUGUGUGUGUGUGUGUGUGUUUGUGUGUGUGUGUUUCUGUGUGUGUGUGUGUUUCUGUGUGUGUGUGUGUGUGUGUGUGUGUGUGUUUCUGUGUGUGGGUGUUUUCUGUGUGUGUGUGUGUGUGUGUGUGUGUGUGUUUCUGUGUGUGGGUGUUUCUGUGUGUGUGUGUGUGUUUGUGUGUAUUUUUGUGUGUGGGUGUUUCUGUGUGUGUGUGUGUUUUCUCUGUGUGUGUGUGUGUGUGUGUGUGUGUUUCUGUGUGUGGGUGUUUCUGUGUGUGUGUUUCUGUGUGUGUGUGUGUUUCUGUGUGUGUGUGUGUGUGUGUUUUCUGUGUGUGGGUGUUUCUGUGUGUGUGUGUGUGUGUGUGUGUGUUUCUGUGUGUGGGUGUUUCUGUGUGUGUGUGUGUUUGUGUGUAUUUUUGUGUGUGGGUGUUUCUGUGUGUGUGUGUGUGUGUGUUGUGUGUGUGUGUGGUGUUGUGUGUGUGUGUGUGUGUGUGUGUUUGUGUGUGUGUGUGUUGUUUCUGUGUGUGGGUGUUUCUGUGUGUGGGUGUUUUCUGUGUGUGUGUGUGUUUUCUGUGUGUGGUGUUUCUGCUGUGUGUGUGGUUUGUUUGUGUGUGUUUUUUGUUUGUGGGUGUUUCUGUGUGUGUGUGUGUGUGUGUUUCUGUGUGUGUGUGUGUGUGUGUGUGUGUGUGUGUGGUGUGUUUGUGUGUUGCAGGGCGGGCGCUACUCGUCUAAAGCUAAGACUCUGCUGGGUCCUGACGGUGUGGUCUGGUACAGCUGGAAAGAUUCAGACUACUACUCCCUCAGGAAGACCUCUAUGAUGAUACGACCUAGAACCUUCAGACCACGCCUGUCACCAUGACAACAGCCAUGACCAACACACCGUCGCCGUGGGAGACCUGCUGAGGACGCUAAGACGUCACCAUGGGAGGGACGUGGGGUUGUCAUGACAAUACAGGAAGAAGAGGUCAAAUAGGAUGAACGCCAUUGGCUGAGGGCUCAGAGGGAAGUCCCGCCCCUACCAGUGGGCCAACAGGACUGUAGAAGACAUGUGUAAAUACACACACACACGCUGCAAUGGGACCAACUGUCCAUACAUUCUAUGAGAGAGUGCAUUUCUUUCUACCUUUCAAAUACUGUUCCCAGGAACCUUCAGACAUUCUGUCCUGUUCUUCCACUGGAGGAACUUAUACACACUGUAAAUAUAUAUGUACUGUACAUUCUGUCCUGCUCUUCCUCUGUCUAUACUGUGAAUACACACGUACUGUAUAUCUGUCAACUGUCAGUUUCUUUCAACUGUCUUGUUACCGCUUCAUUCGCAAUGAGAUCUACAGUCAUGUGAUUAAGGAAGUACACCCCGAUAUUUGGACACAUUGGCAUAUUUUAGUAAAAUUCCAACCACAUUCAUUGAUAAAGGUAA